UCCUCGACUAAGGACCAAGCAAGCUUCAGUGGAGAGCUGGAGCAACUUUAAGCCUAUUCAGAUAGACAAGGAGAAAAACAACUUUACCUUCUAUUAAUUAUACUUGACCUCUUCAUAUUGGCCUGCUCAUUGAUGCAAGACAGAGGCUGUGGCCGGACAUUGCCUCUUACUUUAAUGCUGAAGGAGACUUACUCUCCAGAAAGAGACAGCAGUAAGGGAUAUCCUGAAAAUAUGUCAGAAGCUUCAUCUUACCAUGACUUUUUCUGUGAUUCCCUGUCAGACACACAGAAUGGUGAAUUUUCAAACGAACUUUCUGCCUUCCUUACCCAGGAGGAGAUAAGUAAGAGCCUUGACAUAGCUCGAGAAGCCAUUGCCAAUUCCAUGGAGGAAGAUGAGAACGCAGCACCAGACUUUACUCAUUAUCUCAACACCCCUCUUUCUAGCCCUUCAGAAACCCCUUCUUUCAGGGACACCGACCUGCAUGAGCAAGACACUGUAGAGACACCUCAAGCAAGCAGUUGGACCCCAUCUGCUGCAAGUCAUGAUCUCCCAAGGAAUCAGAAAGAGCAAUCCGCUGCACCUCAGACAGAGGAUAGUUUUGUCCCAGUUUCUAGGAGACAAGGAAGCACCUCACCUUUUCUACCUGCUAGUCCCAGCUUUGUCAGAAGCCUGAAAUUUUCAGAGAAAGGUGGUGCAUGUGUGCCUAAGACAAGCCCAAACUCUGAAUCGACAUUGCAGGGUGAAGCUCCUUUCAGGAACAAGCUGUGUGACAAAGCUGCCACAUUCAUAGAGGAGUUAUCAUCUAUAUUUAGACAGGCAGCAAAGACAAGAGGCCGUAGUCCCGAUGGGGACUCUUCUUCUCCAGACAGUGGAUACCUGUCCCCUAAUAAGAAACAACCAGCUUUAAGUACCUUGGUGAACCAGGAGUUUGACAAACCACAUCAAGAGACUGAACCUGAGGAAAAAUUACCUGCACUUCAUCUGAAUGGAGAGCACUAUUCUGGAAGGGGGACCAUCAUGGAGAGCAAAAUGGUCCUGUGCCGUCCCUUCAUCAACAUGGAAGAGCAUGAACUUUCACCACCUCUAUUCACUCAGAAGCUCCGGAGCCAGGAAGUUGCCGAAGGAAACAAAGUAUUGCUGGAGUGCAGAGUUGCUGGCAACCCAGUCCCUGAUGUCAGGUAA